GCCGACCGGACUUCAUUCCCUGUAGCACCAUCUGGGUGCAAGCGUUCCGUCGCGGCAAAGUUACCGGCCGGCUUUGCUGAAUGUCGGCGGGGGUCACUGCCCGUGAUCCGACCCCCGGGGUAGGGAGGAGCUCCAAGCCACGCUGGGGGCUGGCACUGGUGGGCGCUGCGGGCGGCGCGGUUCUCGCUCUGUACGCGGUGGCGGCACCGUUUGUGGCGCCGGCACUGAGACGGGUGUGCCUGCCCUUCGUCCCGGCCACUCAGGCCCAGGUGGAGAACGUGCUGCAGCUGCUGGGCGGCCGCCGGGGACCUCUGGUGGACAUCGGCAGCGGGGACGGCAGAAUCGUAAUUGCAGCAGCAAAGCAAGGUUUUCGAGCUGUUGGUUACGAACUGAAUCCUUGGCUGGUUUGGUACUCCAGGUAUCGAGCGUGGCAACAAGGAGUGCACCACAGUGCCAAAUUUUACAUCUCUGAUAUCUGGAAGGUGAAUUUCUCAGAAUUUAGUAAUGUUGUCAUAUUUGGAGUUCCUCAGAUGAUGGAAUCCUUGGAGAAGAAACUUCAGAAUGAGCUGAAGGACGAUGCCAGAGUUGUAGCUUGUCGUUUUCCAUUUCCCAGCUGGAUUGUUGAACAUGAAUCUGGAAAGGGAAUUGAUACAGCCUGGUUGUACAAUGCAAAGUCAUUUAAAACCACUGUAAAAGAAGAAAAUCCUAAUUAAAAACAGAGAAAGGGCAAAGGUUAUAUAAUUUUUAUAUUGCUGUGAUGUGGCUAAAAAGUGACUGAGAAAUAAUGGAAAUAGUUGUAAUAAGUGACUUUAUUAGUCAACUGAAAGUAUGGAGUAUGACAGUCAUGUAAUUACACAAGCAAUUGAAUUUUGUGAUUCUUGAGAAUAUGAAAGGUGCUAUACAAAUGCAGUUUGGGGCUUUCGUAUUGCUUUUAAGCCCUUCAGGAAAUAGUGAACACCUCCACAGUUGCGAACAAAAAUUUCCACCUCCCUGGAUUCAGGAAAAAGGAUGCCAAUUUAAAUGAACUUUCUCCAGUUGUCUUUUAAAUUGCAUCUUUAACAUAGCAAAGCACUUUAUAGAAGUAUUUUUAAACAAAAUUUGAUACCAGGUCACAUGAGGACUUUUUAAGGCAGGUAACCAAAGCUGCAGGUUUAAAACGAUAUUAAGGAUGGGAAAGUCAAAAGAGUCAAAGAGGGAUUUCCAGAGCAAACUUGGCAGCUGUAGGUGUAGUUACCGGAUGAACAAGAGGCAGAACUGAGGGACAUGGAUAUAUCUGAAGUGUUUUGGGCAUGAGGAAAUUUCAGAGGUAGGGAGUGGUUUGAAAACAAGGUAGAGAAUUUUGAAAUCUUUACAACAAUAUGAAAAUAUUACAAAAAUAGAAAAUGUUGGAAAUGUUCAGCAGGUCAAGCAGCAUCACUGGAUAUAGAAACAGUUAGCAUUUCCAAUCUUUCCGUUUUGGAUUAGAAGUAUUAGUUGUUUCUCUGUCUGCAGAUGCUACCUGACUUGCUGAGCAUUUCCAGGGUUUUCUUUUUAUAAUUCACAUUCCUACCUUUUUCAAGGAUUAAUUAUAGUUGGUUCAUUCCUGUGUUAAAGUCAAUGUUUGGAAGCGUUGGCUGUCACUUUUUUCCAGUUUUGUACAAUAUUUUGGCACUUAGCCCAAACAGAUGAUGAAAAUUCAGCCUUUGAUUUUCAUUUAGUUAUCUGAUGUUGGUGAAUUUGCAAUAUUUCCAGCUUUGCAUCAUUAUUUAGCAAACUUUCAGUACUUGAUGGGUACAAGAUUUGAUUUGUAAUUAGUGACAACUCACAGCCUGUCUUUCUUUAUGUAGCCUGGUAAUACCUGCUGUCCGUGCUCACACACCAGAAUUGUUAACAGGCUGAGGUGAUGAAGGAUCACUUAAACCAAUCUGAGCCCUUCCUUUUCUGAAGUUUAUGGUUCAUUCUGGCCCUACUGGAGGAUGAGUAGAGUAGUGGAGAGAAAAAUGGGUUCCCGUUCAUUCAGAUUCAUGUGUGGCUGCUUUAAACAAAACAGAUUUGUGAACAGGAUUUCUACAACCACAUCAUAAAAAUAAAAUAAAGAACUCCAAAUUCCACAAUUUUUGUAGGAAAAUCAAAUAUCUUUAAGCAGCUGUAGAAUAAAUAGCAGGACCAUAUUCAUAGUGACCUGUUCAGUUUUAUUCAGGCAUGCUAUUAAUUUUCUGCAGAAUAGAUGUACUGUUCUGCGGUUUAGUGCUGUUCCUUUUGAGCUGGAAAAUUAUUACUGUUGAUGCGAAAUAAAACAUCAGGUUUUUUUUUUGCCAAGAUGAAAUUUGAUUUGAAUUUUCUUUCUCAGUAAUAAACCAUUUUAAUUGAAAUGCUCUUGGUGCUGCUUCUGAUAACAUAUGUUAUAAUGUAAAAUACUGCAUAAGUAUGCAGUUAUAUAUCAAUAUUAAGAAUAAAAAAUGAUUCUGAGUAG